CUGUCAGGCAGCAGGGCGGUAUCAGGCGGUUCUCUUCCGGCAGAGGCUUGACUCAGCGCGUCCCUCCUCCGACUGCCCACGUACCAGAGCGACUCUCGCGAGACUCAGGUGCUCGCUGCGGGAAGAGACCGAGGGGGAAGCUGCGGAUACCGGACCUCAGGCCCGAGAGAUUGGACACUGAGCCCAUCGGCUGUGCCUCUCUCUCUGUGCGCACAUGGACCGCUGCGCCCUACGCCGUCUGCCUGCAGCCCUCACCUUCGGGCUGAUGUUAGUUACCUUCGGCCUUCUCCCGGGACCGGCCGACGCCGCUCAGAACGCUGGGUUUGUCAAGUCGCCAAUGUCAGAAACUAAACUAACAGGGGAUGCCUUUGAACUGUACUGUGAUGUGGCUGGGAUCCCCACACCAGAGAUCCAAUGGUGGUAUGCUGAAGUCAACCGGGUUGAGUCUUUCAAACAGCUGUGGAAUGGUGCAAGGAAGCACCGGGUCACCAUUAACACAGCCACAGGCACAAAUUGUGUGAGUGUGCUGAGAAUAACUCGUCUGACACUGGAAGAUUCUGGCACAUAUGAGUGCCGGGCAAGCAACGACCCCCGAAGAAAUGACCUGAGACAAAACCCAGCCAUAACAUGGAUCCGAGCCCAGGCCACCGUAAGCGUCCUACAGAAGCCAAAAAUUAAUGCCAGCGAGGAAGUAACUAUUAAGAAAGACAUUGGCCCCAUUUUGUUGCAGUGCAACCUCACCCAGAAUGGCCUAGGCUCAGUUCAAAGCACCUACUGGACCAAGAAUGGUGUGGAGAUUUCUAGCACUCUGUCAGAAUCUCCAAGCGGUACUUCCAUGGAAUACAGGCUCCAAAAACCAAAAGCUGAUGAUUCUGGAGAAUAUCAGUGUGUAUUUACCUUCACUAGUUCUCCACCUGUCAAUGCUACUAUUGAAGUGAAAGCUACUCCAGAAAUCACUGGACACAAAAAGAGUGAAAACAAGAAUGAGGGACAAGAGGCAAUUCUGUAUUGUAAAUGUGUAGGAUAUCCUCACCCGGAAUGGACUUGGUAUAAGCUGGUUGAGGAUGUGCUAGUUGAACCAAAUAAUGAAAGUGGACGUAUCUUUAUCACCAACAAAGAUAACUAUACAGAAUUAAAAAUAAUUAGCUUGGACAUCGCCAAAGACCCUGGAGUUUACCAGUGUAAUGCUACCAAUUCUGUCGGAUCUGUAAACAGCAACAUCAUCUUACGCGUGCGCAGUCACUUGGCUCCAGUGUGGCCCUUCCUUGGCAUUGUGGCAGAGAUAAUCAUCUUAGCAGUCAUUAUUGUGGUGUAUGAAAAGCGCAAAAGACCAGAUGAAGUGCCAGACGACGACGAACCAGCUGGACCUAUGAAGAGUAAUGCAACAAACAAUCACAAAGAUAAGAACCUGAGGCAAAGGAACACAAGUUAAAUGAAUAUGAGAUUUGCGGCUUUGACCGGACAACAAAUCAUCCUUCUAAGGAGCUGACAUUGCUAUGAAGUCGAUCUUCCGGCGAUCUUCAGACUUCAAAAUUCCUUUUAUGUGUGUGUUUUUUUUUUUUUUUUUUUCUUCUUCUUCUUUCAUGUGACUGAGGGUACAAAAUUAUUUUUUUAAAGCAUGCCUUAUAUAGCCUCCAUGGAGACUAAGGACUGAUUGGGUAUUAAGGAUCUUCAAAAAUAGAGUGCAUAUGCAGCUUUGUGUGCUGUGGCUUUUUUUUUUUUUUUAAAUCACUUGAGAUAUAUAUAUAUAUAUAUAUAUAUAUAUAUAUAUAUAUAUAUAUAUAUAUAUAUAUAUAUAAUGUAAGCCUUCCAAAUGGAUGCAGGUUUAUUUUAUAUGUUCUUGCCCCCUUUUUUUUUGUAUAUUUGGCAUGUAUUUUAAAUUAUCUGUUAAGUUGAGCAGGUUGCAUUCAUUGUAAUGAAAAUAUUUUAUUUUUUAAAGUAUUGGAUGGCUUGUGAAUGUUGUAGCUGACAUUCGACCAACAAUUGUGCAAGAAAGUUUCCUCAAAUGGAAACAAGCACAAGGUGUUGCUUAAAGUGCUCAUUUUGUAAGGUAUAAGAUAUGUUGUGUCCUGGAACCUAAUGUUUAACACAACAAUUCUUGAUUUGUUUCUAAAUAUACAAUAUACACCUGUGUUCACUGUGUUUUUGUACUGGAAUAUCAUGCUUUCCUUUAUUAAAUGUCCAGUACUUUGUACUGAAGGAGGUUUAAAAGAAAGGUUCUCCUAGGGCAUGUUUUUGCUGUGUCAUUACAAAGUAUUGCUAUGGCAUUUUUCUCUGAGACGCAAAAAAUCUGAUAUUUUAAGCAUCCAUUUAAGGAAGUCCAUUAGGUCUAGUGUAAUUGGGGGGACAAACUUAUUGGAUUUGUUAGUGCAAAUGCCCAGCUACUGUUUUUAGACUAAAUAUAAACAUAUAGGUGGGAUGCUUUCUAAGUGAACAAUGGUUCAAUCAUGUAUAUUCUUAAAUCCUUUUGCACUGUUAUGUCAACAUGUACAUUCAUGCCGGCAGACUUUUUAUAAGUUAUAUAUUUAUAAAUAUUUUUUUUCCUGGAUGGGGGUUUGUGUUUAAUUUUAAUUUUGGUUAAUUUGAAAGAUUUUACAUUUUGUUCUUUAAAGCAUGGUUCUAUUCUAUGCAACUAGAUGUAAAUGUGUCAGUAUAUCAAAAAUGUAAUAUCUUUUACUGGGCAGAGGGUGGGGGAAUGUUCAUAGUUGCAUGAGUCCAUGGAUUGUGCAAUUGAAGUGUAAUACUAUGUGUGGCAAAUACACUUGUUGAUAAAAUAUAAACAGACUAAAACAAGAAUA